AUGGGAGAUAAUAAUAUUCCUCAAACAAAAUCUCAAGUUAGCGAGGCAUUACUACGCAGUUUUUUCUUUGAUGUUUUAUCAUUCAAUAAUUUAUCUGAAUUGGACGAAUCGAGCAUUCCAUCUUCUUUGGAAAAUUCUGGUCUACAAAGUCUUGUUGCUGAUAUCGGAAGACAUUUUGUGCCUUCUAGUUCUCAUGAUGAACAAUUAACAAUAAGUCUGCCGUCAACUUCAAGUGCCGUUAAUGAAGAACAAGCUCAGUUCAAACCUAUCCAAAUCCAAAUAUUUAUUGAUGCAAACAAUGAAGUUGAUGUUGAUCAACCGUCAACUAGUUCAUCAUUGGAUAGUUCGCAAAUGGAUUCUCUUCAGGAUGCCAAAGUUUAUGAAAGAAUAAGGGAAUUGCGUGAGGCAGGUCUUUGGGAAUCUACCCGUCUUCCAAAAUGUAUGGAUCCACCAAGGAGAAAAACACAUUGGGAUUUCUUUAUGGAAGAAGUUUUGUGGUUGGCAAAUGAUUUUUCGAAUGAAAGAAAAUUUAAGCGUCGAUUGGCUAGCAAAUUUGCUUCUAAUGCAAAAGCUUCAUGGCGUAAAAUCAAAGAAUUGAAAAGAAUAAAGACUACAUCAGAAUUGUUAAGGGAUGAGAAAGAAGCAAAACGCAUUUGUGGAUCAAUAGCUAAAAUGAUUCGUGAAUUUUGGCAAAAUGUGGACAAAGUUGUGGACUUUAGAGCAAAUGAAAUUGUUGAACUUAAAAAAAGAAGAGCUCUCGAUCAACAUUUAAACUUUCUUGUUGGUGCUGCUGACAAAAUAACUUCACUAAUUCAUGAAAAUUUUGCUACUCAAUCCAAUGGACGUUCUUCUACUGUUCUUUCUAAAAGUUCGGAUGAUUUUGAAAUGGACAGUGAAAGUGAUGAUAAUGAAUCAACACUUGAUGUUGAAGAAGCAAAUGGGACAAAAGGAUCAGUUGAGGAAGAAUUAGAUGAAUUAAGUAAAGAACAAGAUAUGGAUAUGGAUCAAUUACUUACAUCGUUACCAGAAGGCUAUCUUGAAUCCUUAGGAUAUUCAGUUCCUUCAAAGGAAAUUCAACCUGAUAUUAAUGAAAGCUUGAAUGAUGAACAGACUCGAACAACUGCUGAUUUAGAACAAGAGGAGGAAAGCACAAAUUUUAAUGAAAAACCAGAUCUUCGAAAUGUUGAUUAUAACAAAUUAAAUUCAGAAAAUAGUGAAGUUAGAAGACAACAACUUGAUAAUAUUGCUGAAGCUGCUUUAGAGUUUCAACCUAGAGGGUAUACUUUGGAAACUACAGAGGUCAAAACAGAAGUUCCAUUUUUAUUAACUGGUCAACUUAGAGAAUAUCAAUUAGUUGGUUUAGACUGGUUAGUAACUUUAUAUGAAAAGAAUUUAAAUGGAAUACUUGCUGAUGAAAUGGGCCUUGGAAAAACAAUACAAACAAUUGCAUUACUUGCUCAUCUUGCAUGCGCCAGAGCUGUUUGGGGUCCUCAUUUAAUUAUUGUACCAACAUCUGUUCUUUUAAAUUGGGAGAUGGAAUUAAAGAAAUGGUGUCCAUCAUUGAAAGUUUUGAAUUAUUUUGGUUCAGCAAAGGAAAGAGCAGAGAAAAGAAAGGGUUGGUCAAAAUCCAAUGCAUUUCACAUUUGUAUAACCUCAUAUAAGCUAGUAACUCAAGAUAUUCGUGCAUUUAAAAACAAAGCGUGGCAAUACUUAAUUUUGGAUGAAGCACAAAAUAUUAAAAAUUUUCGGAGUCAGAGAUGGCAAUUAUUAAUUGGAUUACGUUCUCGUAGACGAACUCCUUUACAAAAUUCUUUAAUGGAACUUUGGGCUUUACUUCAUUUUUUAAUGCCAAAUGUUUUUGCUUCACACGAUGAUUUUAGAGAAUGGUUUCAUUGUCCAAUAACUGGAAUGGUUGAAGGGAAUACAGAAGUCGAUCAAGCACUUGUUCAACGUUUACACAAGAUUCUUCGCCCAUUUAUACUUCGUCGGCUUAAAUCUGAAGUUGAAAAACAAUUACCAACCAAAACAGAACGUGUUCUUUUAUGUCAUUUGUCUAAAAGACAACGUUAUUUAUACAAUGAAUUUUUAUCUAAAACAUCGUUUAACAGUAGAAAACCUCAAAACAGGCAGUAUGUUUUCCGUUUUAGGAGUUAUUAUGCAAUUACGUAAAUGUUGUAAUCAUCCAAAUUUGUUUGAACCUCGUCCAGUUGUUUCU